GGACCCCACCCAAAGACAAAGAGUUGUAGAGAAUGGCUGCUACUGAGCCUGCUAUUAGUGUCUUUGAUUCGACAGUUACAAAUUUGGAUUUUAUUGAAGAAGUGGAAGGUCUUUUAACUAAAAAAGGACUCGAAAUAUCAGAUUUACAAGUUAACCUCAAAAAAGAUGACAGCACCGCAGACCUCAUUCCGGGGAAGGACUGGUAUUCGUUUGGUAAAUCAAUGAAAGUUGAAUGUAACUCACUGGACGAUAUUAAAGAGAACAAUAAAACUUUGAAAGGAAAGAAAACCGCCCUGCUUCAUCUUCUGAUUGAACGUGACAAUAUUCGAUACGAAGAUAUCAUUUAUGGUUAUUAUACCCUUGGUCAGAGCGAAAAUAUUUCCUGUGUUCUUGAUUAUCUUGCAAGUCAAAGGAAAGAAAAAGAACCACAUACAACGGUACAUAAAGAGAAGCCACUGCCUAGUAAUAGAUUGAAACUACAAUAUAUAUGGCAAGCAAAUUAUAGAGAACGGCAGGGAAGGCCUCCUCCGAUUGGUAAAAAACAAGAAUUUAGUGUUGAAACCUAUAAAACCCAGUUCUAUGGUAUGCUAUGGUCAGAAGAGGAGGAACACAUACAGAAACUGAAAAUGAAGUGUAAUGGCCGUUAUAAAUUGUACAUAACCGAUAAUGUUCCACAAGAAGUUAAGUUCCUUCAGCAAGAUGGUGAUUUAUAUGGUUACAUUGAAGACGAGUCUUUUACUGAUGAUAAAAUAGAGUAUGCAACUCAAGCUAGUGAAUGCGUUUACUUAAAAAUGCCUGACGGUAGUCAUUUAAAAGCAUUCUUGUCACAGUACAACUACACUCAUAUUGAGCAACUCCUUUAUAUCAAUAUACCAAAAGGGCAUCUCAAGUUUUCAUCCUUUUCUUUUAAUAAAGAAGAAGGUGAUGACAUCAUAGCUCAAUUUGAAGUGAAGCACUCUUACUUUGACCACCUUCAUCGUGCAGUGGUCAACAUACCAUCAUAUGUCGCAAGCUGUCUCUUACCAAAUGAAACUUCUUUCAGUGAAUUUGAAAAUGGAAUAAGAUUUGAGCCUCGUUGUGAGUACAGUUUCAUGAGAUUAGAUCGUGAUCAACAAACCAAAGCCCUCAGAAUGAUUACUUCUGUUCCUUCACACAGUGACAUUAAGUCAUGUCCCCCUCCAGUUAUUCUUUAUGGUCCAUUUGGUUGUGGAAAGACUCGUAUUCUUGCUCGUGCUGCAUAUGAGAUUAUGAGAAACAGGUUUAACAGAAGAGAUUCGUGGAUAAGAAUCUUAAUUUGUGCUCAUCAUCCUCAGUCUGUUAAUACUUUCAUUGUUGAUUACUUUUCUAGAAUUAAAAAGGAUGACUUUUCAUCUCAAUUUGAUAUUUUUCUUGUUUCUCGAUAUUUGGGAAAUCCUUAUCCCACCUCUCGCAAUUCUCCGUACUACAAGACUCUCGAUGAACUCCGUGAGUCUAAUUGCGACUUCAAAAAUCUUAUCAUUGUUACUUCAUACAGUACAUCACUGCAACUUUAUGAAAUCCUGAACGUUCCUGAUCAUGGUUAUUUUACUCACGUGCUCCUUGAUGAAGCUGCUCAAGUACGUGAGCCUGAGGCAAUCAUUCCACUAGCCCUAGCAACAAGAGAUGCCAAAAUUGUCUUAGCUGGUGACGAUAAUCAGGUUGGUCCAAGGACUCUUGUUUUUGGACAAGAAGCAAAAAAUUGUGGGCUAAAUGUCUCACUUUUGACACGUCUAAUGGAACGCUACAAGAAAAUAAGCCCUGUUGCAUCUGAAUAUUUUACAAAACUCACUGUCAAUUAUCGUUCACAUCAAUCCCUCCUUCAAUUGCCAGAAUUGUUUUAUGGACCAAUUCAGUCCACAGAUAACAAGCCUUAUUGGCAUCACAGAGGUCCAACUGGCUACAAAUUUGUUUGCUCAGAUUCUAGACUUGUUCCAGAUUACAUUGACAAGGAUCAACAAUUAGUGGAAGCUUGCAUUGUUUUAGAAGAAGUUUUGCAUUAUUUGAAGGAAAUGGAAAAUGAGUAUCGACCUCCAAAAGUUUGUAUUAUAUCUUCUACAAGAAAACAGUUAAAUCAUAUCAAAAAAAUGGCAUCUCGUUAUCCUUGUUAUGAUGUUUUGAAAAAAAAGAAAGUAUCAUUUUUGCCUUCUUUUAUGAUUCAAGGCCAUGAAUUUCAAGCCAUAUUUAUAAGUUUGCUGGAACCAUUGAAAGAUGGAAAAAACAGAGAAUAUCUCACAAAAAGUCUGUUUAAUAAGUUUGUCUUCAAUACAGUUAUUACAAGAGCAAAGAGUCUUGUAGUAUGUGUUGCUAAACCAUUAGAAUUGUUAGACUUUGAAGAUCAAUACAUUAAGCUUACACUUGAAGCUAAGUGCUGGCAUGAGUACUUGCAUUUGUGCUUAGUAAGAGGUGCUGUAGACCACUUAACUCAAUCACGAAUUCAAAAGGAAGUUUUUGAACGAUUAGCAACAUACAAAAAGAUACCUUUUGAUGCUGCUGUUUUGAAACGUUAUGAAGAAUUGGAUUCUGUAUCAAGUUCAACCAGCAAAGAGCAAUCAUUACUUGAUGACAAUUUAUCUACCCAAUCUGAAGGCUCUACCCAUUUAGAGUACAAAAUAAAGGAAAGUGGUUAUACACAAGUGAAGCCUUUUGAAAUGCAGCCUGUACCUAAUUAUCCAAAAGUAACGGAAGGGCUCAGUACACAAGGGAAAGAACUAACCAGAAAAAUAGAAGAGUUAAAAAUGGAACUGAAAUCUGUGAACAAAGAUUUAUUACACACAAAGGAGGAGAUGGAAUGCACAAAGGAGGAGAUGGAAUCAGAAAUUGAUGCUCUAAAAGGGACAGUAAAAGAAAAAGAGAAAGAAAUUUCUGCCACAAAGAAUAAAUUGGAAGCAGUAAAAAAAAUGGCAAAAGCAAAAGACAUGCAAAUUAUGAGGCAACUAAGCAGAGGUAGUGCUAGUUCUCCAGAACUUGAAAAGCAAGCUCCUUUAUCUCAUGAUAUUAAAUCACUUACCAAAGAAAAAAAUGUAUCAAAAAACCACUCUGACAUGUGCACCCAGACUGAAAAAUACGAAGUUCAAAAGCCUAGUAAACCUAGUGCCAAAUUAACAGUCUAUGAUAACAACAGACAAAAAGGAAUUGCAAUGAUAUAUGGUUUAUUUACACUGUUUAUUCUCCUCACAUUGUUAAGAUUUGAUCUAAAAAUUGCUCCUUUACCAGGUGUAAAAGUAGUUGCUUCUACUAAAUUCCUUGUAGCAGGUGGUCAGUCAAGGCAGCUAAACUGGGAAGAAUUUGGGUUUAUAAUGGAUAUUCCAAAAAAUGCCCUUCCUCGUGGCUUCCUAGCUGAAGUUGUAAUACGUGUUAGUUUAUCAGGUCCUUAUAUAUAUCCUGACCCUAAAACUUGGAAGCCUGCCAGUGCUGUGUACUGGAUAUCUAGCAGUAAGGAUUUUAUCAAUCCUGUAUUGCUAAGAAUAUGGCAUAACAUGAGAGGGAAAACUGAUUUAUCGUCAAUAAAAGUUCUGACAGCUGAUGACAAUCCUGAAAAUAGAACUUACAUUUUUAAAGAAGUUCAUGAUAGUAAAAUUACUAUAAAUGGACCUUUUGUCUACAUUUUAUUGAAUCAUUUCUCUUCUUACACUGCUGUUACAGAUGGUGAUAUUAGACAUUUCAAAGGUUCAUUGAUAUAUCGUAAAUCUCCAAAAAGUGAUAAAAUUUGGGAGUAUAGUUUUGUUGUAUAUAAGUGUCAUGUUAAUGGCAUUAUUGAAAAAUUACUGGAUGGAAGUUACAGUGGAUGGACUUAUGAUUAUCCUGAAUUUUACCCUGUGACUUUUGAAGAUAACAGUGCAGCUUUGGAACUUUAUUUAACCCAUAAUCAAUCCAGUAAUAAUUGGGAAUUUAUUGAAAAAAUGCGACCCCUUAUUUGUCGAAAAGGUGAGCUUCAGAAUCAAAUUGGCUCAACAAGUAGUUUGCCAUUUAUGCUACAAUGGACUGGCAAAGGUUACCCUUAUAAAGCAGAAGCAAAAAUUUUAAGACUCUCAUUCAGUGGAGCUGAGCAACCAAAAGAAAUCAAAUUUAUAUCAAACUCAAUUGAUGAAGGUGAGGGAAAUAAAAUUAGCUACAAAAGUGGAGGAGUGAUACCACGGCAUGAAAACUUGCUUGAAUAUGUCAAUAAAAUUACUAAAUCUAAGGAGUUUUGCUGGCAUCUUGGUAUGAAGCCUGAAGACUGUGCCAGAAUAGAGAGAGAUGAACAUUCGAUUAAAGAACGGAUAAUGGAGGUGUUACGCAGUUGGCAGGCUACAGGAGAAAGAACAUGGAAGGAUCUUAUUAAAGCAAUAGCUUUGACUGGAGAAUGUAUGGAAGCAAAGAAGUUUGCUAGAGCACAUAAUGUUCAAUUUGAUGAAGAAAAAGAUAAGCUAGUCUUUGACAAUUGCCCUAAAAUUAAUGAAAAUUUGUACUGA